UGAAGGUUAUUCACUUCGGUAAGGUCGCAUGGACGGGCGACCUUCUCACGACAGUCGAAGCUGCGAGCAACGUAUGCAGCGGCGCCUUCACUCAUUGUCCGCAUGGGCCUUGGCUGCCGCAGGUACACAGCACCUGUUCACUCGACGUCAACCUACAGGUCCUGCAAUCCCUGUAGAAACAUGGGCUGUUAUUGAGUUCAUCCAGACGUUCUUGGGCGAUGACACGAUCCGAUUCUCACAGUUUAGUGUCGAAGAAGCAACUCAAGAUACCUACAGAUUUGCCGGUUCUCUGUCGGCCGGGCUUCUCUGCAGCCACAUCGCACAUAUCUCAGUCCAGAUAGUCAAGUCUAUCCUUCCCAGUGGAGGUGAUGAAGCCUGGGCUGUGCGCCGUAUUGUCCUCACCGACUCUGUCGCCGAUCUGUCCAUCCACUAUCUUCGCUCUCGCAGUUGGUCCAGUCUCCCCUCCAACUUUCUACUCGCACUCCCGUUACUGCAACAGCUCCUCAUCAUCUGUGGAAAGAGCUGUUCAGAAGCAGAAUUUUACGCUCUCUGUGACAAGGUUACAAGGGCCGUGAAAAACCAUCCGGCCGUUGCACUUCAACAUAACCCUGACAUGCCGGAUGGGAGGUUCCUGCAGCCGGCGCUAUUUGGUCUCGGUGAGGAAGACCUUGAGUGGGCGUUGCGUACGCGAAAUGAAAAGGAACCGAAAGCCGAGAGUUCGAAGUGGAGCAAAGAAUCAGUACAAGGAGUUCGAAGUGGAGCGAGGAAUCAGUACAAGGGGUCGCACUGAAUAUGCAGUCAGUGUCGCAACCAGCGCCCCGCCACUCAAGCUUACUGAAUACGGUACUGCCCUCUUUUAUAUCAGUGGGGAGCAGACCACGGUCAGACGGUAGCACUUAGUUUUGAUCUGUAGUACCGUCGAAAACUACCCUCUGACAUCACCACACUGUUCCUUCUAUAUUUAGAUAUGAUGCUCACAGAGUGCACCCGGCUCUGGCACCCGUUCACUCUGUCCUCUUCCCCUUGCUUAAGGACCAUUCGUAUUUGGAUAUGAAAUAGUAUAAUCAUAAAGGCACACAUUGUAGCUGUAGCAUU